AUGAAUGAAUCCACAAACGGCGGAGCAUCUGAAGGCGCUGGUGGCACAUUCGAUGACGUCGGCGGCUCCCAUCCGACCCAACUCCUGGAUUUCGACGGGAACGAUGUGACCAUCAACCAGUUUGAGAGUGUCUCAGUCCCGCUGCCAACACGGGCGGUCAAUUAUGGAGCGCCGACUAGUCAGAAGAUUCAAAAUCCGGCGAGAGAUGAAAAAAGGAAGGGAAGUGAUUUGGGAGGGCCGAGAAGUGGUCCAAUGUUUGCGUCGAUUUGCGAAAGUGUGGAUUGCACGUUUGAUGAGAAUACCCUGUGCAACUAUCUGACCAGUUCUACUAAUGUGACUGCGGAGGAUGGAAGCUCCUUGAAGAAAUGGGCGCUGUCUAAUCGGAGUGUGCUGAACUCGUUGACUGGGAUUCCGUCGGAUAUUUCUAGAGGCGGCUAUUUCCUGUACGCCGGCGGCACCUCGGCUACUCCUGGCGACACAUUCAUCCUAUCUUCCAACCAUCCGGUUACUGUAACCGAGCCAGCUCGAGUCGAUUUCUUCGUCUAUCAAGCAGGAGUGCGGGGACAGUUCAGAGUGUGUGUAGAUGAUAAUGAGGAUUGUCCAGUGGUGUUGGAGGGGAAAGACAUCGACGCGAACUCCCAAAAAUGGAAAAACUACUACUUUGACAUCAGCGCCGGCCAACAUGUACUCCAUUUCGUUGUCGAGGGACUCCAUAACAAUUAUGUAAUUGGUCUGGAUAAUAUACAAUUGUUGAACCGAUUCGGUACAAGUUCGUUGGCAUGUUGA